AUGGCGCGGGUUGGACCCGGGAGGGCGGGGGUCUCUUGCCGGGGCCGGGGCGGGAGCGGUCAGCGGCGACCUCCAACCUGGGAGAUCUCAGACUCCGACGCUGAGGACUCCGCCGGCUCGGAGGCCGCCGCGAGAGCCCGGGACCCAGCGGGUGAGCGCAGGGCGGCUGCCGAGGCGUUGCGGCUGCUGCGGCCGGAGCAGGUCCUGAAGCGCCUCGCGGUGUGCGUGGACACAGCCAUCCUGGAAGACGCCGGUGCCGACGUCCUGAUGGAGGCCCUGGAGGCCCUGGGCUGCGAGUGCCGCAUCGAGCCCCAGCGCCCGGCCCGCAGCCUGCGGUGGACCCGAGCGAGUCCCGACCCCUGCCCCCGCAGCCUGCCUCCUGAAGUGUGGGCUGCAGGUGAACAGGAAUUGCUGCUGCUGCUGGAGCCCGAGGAGUUUCUGCAGGGCGUCGCCACACUGACCCAGAUCUCUGGCCCAACCCGCUGGGUGCCCUGGAUCUCCCCCGAGACCACCGCCCGGCCCCACCUGGCUGUCAUCGGGCUGGAUGCCUACCUGUGGUCUCGCCAGCACGUUUCCCGGGGGACACAGCAGCCAGAGAGCCCGAAGGUGGCCGGUGCCGAGGUGGCCGUCAGCUGGCCGGAGGUGGAAGAGGUGAGGGCCUGUCUGAGCUGGGUGAGUCAGGUGGCCUGGGUCCCAGUGAUUGGGCUGCUGGCUGGGUUUGGUUCCCAGCAUGGUACAUGGGGCAGCUAUCAGCUGUGUGUCCCGGGUAGCCUUCCUCUGGCUCGUGCCCACCAGCUUGCCUCCUCCCCAGGCCCUGGUACUCCUGCAGCUCUGGGCAAACCUGGACGUGCUACUGGUGGCCUCUUGGCAGGAGCUGAGUCGGCACGUGUGCGCCAUUACCAAGGCUCUCGCCCAGUAUCCCCUCAAGUGCGUGAUGCCAAGGCUGAAGGGGGGCAGGAUCACCUCAAGGUGGUGGUGCCUCCCCGGCCUUUGGGGAGCUGCUCACGAGGUUCUAAAAGGCUUCUCCCUGUCCCCAGGCAGUACCGAGAAUCCCAGGCUUUCUCCUUCUGCACAGCAGGGCGCUGGGCAGCCGGCGAGCCAGUGGCAAGAGACGGCACAGGGCUGCAGGCGGCCUGGCGGAGGCAGAUCAGGCAGUUCAGUCGGGUCAGCCCAGCCGUGGCUGAUGCGGUUGUCACAGCCUUCCCCUCGCCCCGCCUUCUGCAGCAGGCGCUUGAGGCCUGCAGCACGGAGCAGGAGCGCAUGGGACUCCUAGCCGACCUUCCUGUGCUGCCCAGUGAAGGCGCGCGUCCCCGCAGGGUGGGGCCUGACCUCUCCCGCCGCAUCUGCCUCUUCCUGACCACAGCCAACCCUGAUCUCCUGCUGGACCUGGGCUCCUGACCACAAGUGGGACCACCAGGACAGCAUGCAGCCUUGGGGACCAGACACCCUGGGCAGUGGGGGAGGACCCCAGCCACAUGUGGACCCUCAGCCUGGCGGCAGUCCUUGCCCCGGUGGGCCGAGUGCAGGCUGCUACAGAAGGAGGCCUCGCUCUGCCCAGCACAGUCACAGAAGGACUCGCCGGUCACGGGCACCGCACUGGGGAUGGAUGGCGGCAGCAUGGAGUACUCGGGGUCGGAGUCCGAGUCGCUGUGCUGGGAGAGAAGAGCCGGCUGUUCCUACCUGUUGCCCGCUCUCUACCCUCUCACCCUUGCCCUCUGUCCCUGUCCCACCCUGUCCCUGACCCACCCAGGAAAGGAUGGGGGUCCAGGCCUCCAGGGACUUCACAGUACCCCGAGCGCACAGCCAGGCUCCUUCCCAACGGGCUCUGGCUCUGCCCCAUUCUGCAUGACCAGGAGGGCCCUGGAGGCCCAGCCACUAAGCAGUAGCCAAGGCUGCCUGGCCUCCAAGUGGUUUCUAGAUGGUGGAUAAGCCCCAGGUCCACCCCACCUGCCCAGAGCUGAGAUGGUGUGGACACCUUCCCUGCUAGGCCAGCCCUGCAGGGGCCCCCAGGCAAGGCCACCACCCCCACACCAGGCCCAGCUGCAGCCACCUGGCCUCAGGGCAGUCCCCACCACACUGUGGCCCAACGACCUUCCUGUUACCUGAGCAGACCUGGCUCACCACAGGGUCCUACUGCCCAGUGCCCACUACAGGCCCCGCCCCUCCUGGUGCAGGUUUCAGCUGUCACCUCCCUGAGGCUUCUCCAGCCCCUUCACCCCUGUUCCAUUUUUCUUCUUUUGCUUCACUGAAGUUCUCCUUGGUCCUGAUUCUUGGCCUCUUCCCACCAUAAUGUGAGCUCCUUGUGGGAGGCAGUGCCCCUCCCAGCCUCCUCCCUGUCACAGGCUGUGUGGGGGCCACCCAGGGGCUGAAUGGACCGGGGGGUCAGCAGGGAGAGUGCUAAGUGGUCGUGGGGGGCUUGUGGCAGAGGCCUUGUGACAGUGAGGGUUGAGGGCUGGUCCAGAGAGGUGAUGUGAUCCCCAGGAGAAGCCACAGGGGACCAUGACAUGGGCGCCACCAGCUACCAGGUGAACGUGGACCUAUCCAAAGCCAGCUUCAGGGCAGGACACUGUCCUCUCUGGAGGGGAUGGCCCCACCCCACAGACAAGGCAGGCCCAGACAACUCUACCCCACUGCCUAGAAGUACGGGUCCCCAGAGCCAGGGUAGACCCCCUGAGUCAGGAGCCCGGGCACAGAACUGAGCACUUGCACUGCAGGCCCAGGGCCGGGUUCCCUGGAGAAGGAGAAAGACUGAAUGCCACUGCCUACCUCCUGCUCACAACACACUGCAGGCCCAUUUGGUGACACAGGACAAGCAGCACAUGUGUCGAACACUGCCGAGCCCGCAGGCACGCCUGCAUCCCACAGCCACGAGCCUGUCAGGCUCAGGCAUGUGACCUGCAGGAGCUGGAGGCGGGCGGGAAGGCAGGUGGGGGCCUCUCCCUGGCUGAAGCAGGGAGCUCCAGGAGACCCCAGGACGGCCCCCACCCGGUGGGUAAGGACCCUGUUUCCCAAUUUUCCCCCAAGGCCUAAUGGACCCACCGGGCUUAGGGAGUCCUCACUCGGACUGGGAGAGGAGCCCACCCCUCCCAGGACACCUGGCUGAGCCGGAACAGCAGCGCAGGGGAGCUGUGACAGCAGAGAGCAGCACCAGGUCACACAAGCAGCCGCCCCGGAAGGACACGGCCCAUGGUGACAGAGGACAAGCAGCAUGCGUGUGUCAGACACUGGCCUGGCCUGUGGACACGCCCGCAUCCCACAGCCAUGACCCUGCGAGGCCAGGAGAGACUGCUCCAGGGCACAUGACCUGUGGCAGCUGGAAGUGGGGCAGGGAGGCGCAGCCACACUCCUGCUCUGGUCGGAGGGAGAUCUCAGGAAACUGACUGGGAAAUCACCCCCCACAGGGACCCCCACCCCUCCCAGCCUCACUGCGCCCCAUCAGGCCAGGCAGCUGCCCUCAGGGUCUGCCAAGGUGGGAGUCAGGGGCCAUGGGUGCAGGUAGCUCUGCCUGCAAAGCCCACAAGCAUGUCAGAUCACCUGGGCUGCAGACAGACAAACACCUGAGCUGUUCUGAAUACCUUCAGGUUCCUAGCCUCCCUGAGCAAGUGCAGAAAUUUUUACCUUCAAGGAUCAGGGUUUUUUUGUUUGUUUUUUAACACACAUAUAUGUGAACAAAGAGUAUGUGUUUGUACUGGCAGAAGCAGCGUCUGGUAGGACAACCAGCAAGUUAACAAUGGUCACCUCCAGAAAUGGGCUGGGUAAACCAAAGAAUUUUUUUUUUUUUUUUUUGAGUCAGGCUCUAGCUCUGUCACCCAGGCUGGAACGCAGUGGUGUGAUCACGGCUCACUGCAGCCUUGACCUCCCUGGCUCAAGCAAUCCUCCCAGCUCAGCCUCCUGAGUCGUUGGGACUACAGGCACGUGCCACCACGCCUGACAAAUUUUUUAAAUUUUUGUAGAGACAGCGUUUCACCAUGUUGCCCAGGCAGGUCUCAAACUCCUGGGCUCAAGUGGUCCUCCAGCUUCAGCCUCCCAAAGUGCUAGGAUUAUAGGUGUGAGCCACAGUGCCCAGCCCCAUAGUGGAGAAUUUCUGUUGAAUGAACCAAAAGCAACUGCCAACCUCUCCAUACACCAUGUGUUUCAGAGGAGAAAGCACAGUGAAGAAUGCAGUGUGUUCUGAGGUCCUGUCACCCCUGAGGCUGUGUGUGUCCUUUGCCAAAUUAAAGAGUCUUACUGAA